AUGGCGCUCCGACGACCACAUCGGAAAUCUCGCCACGGAUGCGUGGAAUGUAAGAGGCGACGAGUCAAGGUCUGUAUUGGGGCGACACACAUACUCCACCGGCUAGCACCAACUAAUUCUGAUUUUCCCCAGUGCGAUGAAGUUCGCCCGACCUGUUCCAAUUGUGCCAAGCGCCAUGCGGAAUGCGAGUACGGGUCAUCGACUUCACUGCUCUGGGCAAAUGACGAGCCGGGUCGCUCGUCGCUGGCCUCCGGGUCGGACAGCGGCCCGCACAGCUCGCCGGUGCUGGGAUCUCCCAACACCGACUCGCUGGGAAUUCUGGGCCGGCUGAGUGGCGACAAUGCAGCAAGCACAUUGCCGUCGCCGGCCCUCAACCUGCAUGACCUCGAGUUGAUGAUGCAGUGGUGCAACGCGACGUACCACACGCUGUCGCGCAAUGAGCUCACAGAUCCGAUCUGGCGAAACAUCGUGCCCGAUGAGGCUCUGUCUCAUUCGUUCCUGAUGCACGGCAUCCUGGCUCUGUCGGCCUUGCACCUCGCGCGGACGGGACCGGAACCCUCUCGUCGAGCUGGGUAUUUGAACCGCGCUGUGGCACACCAGAACCAAGCGCUGGCUCUGUUCCGGGAACUGCUGGGCGACAUCACCGAUGCUAAUGCCAAGGCUAUGUUCGCCUUUGCCAGCAUCGUCGUCGUCUAUACAUUUGGCUUCCCACACACGCCCGACGCACAAGACGCCUGGACCUGCGUCGACGACCUCUACCAGGUCCUGAUUCUGACUCGCGGUAUCCAACAGGUGAUCCGGUCACCGGCCGACUGUCUACGAGACAGCCAGUUCGCACCAAUUUUACAAGUGGAGGAAGUUCACGCAUUUCUCUCCGAAGACGCGACCGUCACGAUCAAGCGCCUGCAUGAGGCCAACGAAAAUUACGGCGCGCACCACUCAACCCAUGACCGAGAGGUGUACCAGGAGACCAUCAACAAUUUUGCCGAGAUGCUGAGCUGGGUGCAAGGCGGCAUGACAGCGAGCACGGUAGCAGGGCGAUGGGCAAUUCGACUCCCACAGCGUUUCCUGGAGCUGCUCCGCCAGCGGGAGCCGUUGGCGCUCGUCAUGUUAGCACACUAUGGCGUGCUUUUACGGUACUUGAAACACCGUUGGUGCUUUGACGAGUGGUGCGUACGGGUCGCCAAAGCCGUCUGGGCGAUCCUCGAUCGGCGGUGGAGACCGCUGGUUGAUUGGGCCAUGCGAGAGAUCCUCGGUGCCAACUACGUGGAUGAGAUUGACGGUUCGGUGCUUCAAUGA